GUGUUGUGGCACUAAGGUUGAAGAGUAACACAUCUGUGUUUUUUGGAUAAAGUUAUUUGUAUUUGAUUAUUUUACUCAUCCCCAAUUUUUAAAAAAGAUGGUUAUUCUACGCCAAUUAACCAGUGUUAGCUUGGUUAUAAGAAAUGCAGCUGUUAGGAAUUUUUCAUGUUCAUCAAGAUUUCAGGCAGAAGAGUCCCCUGUAGGGUUUGUUGGUCUAGGAAAUAUGGGAGGACACAUGGCCAGGAAUCUUUUAAAGAAAGGUUACCCAGUGGUGGCAUUUGAUGUCUCUAAGUCUUCUCUUGAUGCCCUGAAAAGUGACGGUGCCAGUAUAGCCAACUCACCAGCAGAAGUAGCUGCCAAUGUCAGCAGGCUGGUCUCCAUGUUGCCAGCUAGUGCUGAAGUACAGGAAGUUUACACUGGGAAAAAUGGCAUUUUGAGCACUGUCAAGAAAGGGACACUACUUUUGGACAGCAGCACCAUUGACCCCUCAGUAUCACAAGAGGUGGCUGCUAAAGCUCAGAAAAUUGGGGCUGUGUUUAUGGAUUCUCCAGUCUCUGGUGGAGUGAAUGCAGCCAGAGAUGGAGUGCUGACCUUUAUGGUGGGUGGACCAGAGUCCAGCUUUGAACAAGCCAAGGCUCUACUGGACAACAUGGGCAAAAAUGUUGUCUACUGUGGCCCAGUGGGCACUGGACAGGCAGCCAAGAUCUGUAACAAUAUGCUACUUGCAAUAUCUAUGAUUGGAACCUCAGAGACCAUGAAUCUGGGUAUCAGGUUGGGCUUAGACCCUAAGCUCCUGGCCAAGAUUCUAAACAUGAGCUCAGGCCGCUGCUGGUCCAGUGAGGUGUACAACCCUGUACCUGGUGUUGUGGCUGGUGUCCCCUCAAGUAAUGACUACAAAGGUGGAUUUGGUUCAGCUCUUAUGGCUAAGGAUUUAGGACUUGCUCAAAAUGCUGCCACCACGACAAAAAGCCCCACCCCCCUGGGGUCUCUCGCCCACCAGAUCUACAGGACAAUGUGUAACCAUGGUUACAGCGGUAAAGAUUUCUCCUCCGCCUUCCUCUUUCUACAAGACCAGGACAAGAAGAAAUAAUUGCCCACAGUGUUAGCUAGCAGUAUAGAAUUUGUGUGUGUGGUGUGUGACAGUCCAUUUGAAAUAUCCAGGGGCUAGUGAUGUGUAUGCUAGAUAAUUGAACCCAAGUAUUGUAUUUCCUGUUGUUGUUUUUGUUGUCAGACAACCUAGUGUGUUGAUGUUAUGUAUGUGGUACGUUCUUGUAAAACACCCAUUCAAGAUGACGAUUUGCAGAAUUUGCAGAUUUACGUAUUGUUGAAAUCAUCAAAGAAUUUUUAAUGUAUAGAACUCUUGAUUCAUGUCAUUUGUGUAAGUUAAUUUUUUUUAGAUCUUAUUUUUUGGUGUAUUGAAAUAAAUAGAUUUUUAUAAUUUAACAUUAUAAUUUAAUUUCAGUCCUUUGUACACAAUUAAAAACUAGCUAUUAGUAUAUUGAUUUAUUGCUCAGUGAUUGUAUGUCAGAAGUUUAUUUAGUGGUCUGUAUACUUUGUAAAUUUUAGCGUCUUUAAUAUUAUUUACAAUGAGAUAUAAAGAAUGUUUUUUUUUAAUUGUAACUUUAUUAUUUUUAGAAAACAGUUACUCUCCUUUUUACAAAUGUUCAGUAUUUUAUUUUUUAAAUUUAUUUUUUGAGCUUCUACUGCUAUCAGUGUACUUGACUAGGUUGUUUGCUAUUUUUGGUUAAGUUUGAUAUUUAUAUUUUAUUGAUCAUUAUUCUCUAACUUACCAACAGCUAAAAUAAUGCAUUUAAUCAACGUUCCCAACAAGUAUUCUGUAGGAAAUGAAUCUCAACUUUGUCAAAUUUUCCUGCAUUCUGUGUAACAUUUGGGUUAUGUAUCUUAAACUAAGACACUGGUUUACAUUUUUGGUAUCUUUAAUGUACAGUUGUUUCCUCAUCUUUUUUUUUUGUUUCUAUAAUAAAAAA